AUAUACACCAACCUCGCCGGCUAUCUGUUUUCCCGCUCCGGUGGAAUUCACCAUCUAUAACAUUACUUGUCUCCAGAGGAAUCGUCAUUAGCCAAUAACACUUAGCAGCCUGUUUACAGAAGGUAAAGCUGACCGUAAGUCCUUGCCGUCCGUGGUCUUUCUUUCCUUUUCCUUUGUUGUAGCAUGCGUGAUCGACCAAACCAACAAUCACAUUGCUUAUCACCGCGAUUUCUAGGACUGAAAGAACCACUAAUUCUUAAAGUCUCCCUCUUCGUCAAGAAAGGUCAGCAGCUUGCUUCUAAAGCAGAGCUGUUAGCCAUCAAAGUCCGUGCCAUUCAAUGAGGCCAGGAUACAUCGACUCAGUAUUAUCACUGUAGGCUUCUCUCAUCCUUAAGUGCAGCGACAGGGCCAACACCAUUGACGUCCAAUUUUCGUGAGCUCAGCGCUUCCUACGUUAGGCCGGCUCUUUCUCCCUAUUUAGGGACCCAGCGUGGCGACCGACCGAUCGAAAUGGAUGACGGCGAGCAUUUUUGCAAUAUCUGUGGGGGACCGCUGUCCACAAACUUCGUCCAGCAUUCUACCUACGACCCAUAUCUUACUAGCGAGAACGGCACUUAUUGGCUUAAAUUGACCAGGAUCGUGCGUGCCAAUGUUCAUGAUGGAGAGGACUCGGACGAAGAAGGCGCAUACUAUAUUAGUAUGAUGGGUACAUACGAAUACGAGCCGUCCCGUAUCUUUCGAACAAAUUUAAAUGGUCCUGAAAAUGAGCUCGAGUUCGCCGCGUGGGAUGAGGGAUUCGUCGUUCACAAUGCGUGCUUCAUGAUGCUUCUCGAAAUGGGCAUGGGUGACAAACACAUGACCACAAUGGGACGCGAGAUAUUUCUCCGAAUGCAAAUGCGUAUGCCGAUGAGCGAUGGUACCGUUAUCAACUGGGGUGAUUGCUACUAUGGCGGAGCUGGGCCAUUCCAAGGACAUAGGUGGAUGGCUCUAGAUGGAUACGAGUGGCUUGUUACAAACCCUGACUAUGAACCGGACUUCUAUGAGCUCCUGGAAGACGCAAGGCGCGACGGUCCAGAGGAGAUUAAUGCUAAAUUGUGGGACGAGGCAAAAAGCUACCAAUAUGUUGAUCCAUUCUGGCGCUUCCCAGUUGAGCUGCGUCAUGAGAUCCUGCACCUUCUCCCGUCUGAGUCGCUCUUCGAUGUCCAGCGAGCGAGCCCGGCCUUUUGUACAGCUAGCACCUCAUUUUCAAACAAAUAUUGGCACUCCGUGAUUGAAGACAGGAUGCCCUGGAUGGAGCACACUUCGCUCAACAAGAUACUAGCCGAGAGGGAAAGCCCAAUGGACUAUAAGAGUCUCGCAGCGCGGUUAAUUGAGGCUACUGUCACAUCUGACGACAGGAACGGAUCGUGGGAUGAGUAUCUAGGCCUGCAGAAUCGCCGGAGAAUUAUGAGGUGCAUUGAUCGCAUUCUUGAUGACAUUGAAGAGUCUGUUGCAAGCAAAGACAACCACGAAGGUGUCUCAACACAGAUCCUAAGCCUCUCCAGCUUUCGAGCGGUGACGGUCUCGUGGGAUGUCUCCAUUGAUAAGAAGAAUACAGACGUCUAUAUCAGACCUCUGAUUGACAAUCCGCCCCAUCCUAAGAAUGCCAAAGUGUAUUUUGGGGCAGACGGUGACAUGGUUGGUAUGGAAUUCUUCCUGGAAGGAGACAAGUCCGGUCGUCUCGUGGGCUAUCAAACCAACUCGCUUCAGAGUGUAUCAUUUCAAAAAGACAUGCUCAUCAACGGCUUCGUCAUAUCGCUCGGUCCCAUGCAUGGCAACUACCAUCGUCCCUAUGCCAAGCUCGGUCAUUGGUCCAAUAAUGACCUUGUUCACAUCCUAUGCGCAAGGACUAUCGAAACGUUGGUUGGUUUCAGUGCGCAAUACUCCGAAGACCAUAUCGCCCAGUUCGGCAUAAUAGUCGCGGAUCUAGCUACAGCCUCCCCGGGAUUCGUGUGGGAUAUGGAAGUAGACCUACUGGGGACUACUCGCUGGAUCGGCAAUUGGCCAUCGCCCGACAAUGAGCCUGCGAGACUCAUGCCGAGCCCCAAGCAAUUCAGCACUAGGACCCAGGCUCCUGUACAGUUCCUUGACUUCUGUUCUUGUAUAAUCGAUAGCAUCGAGGCAUUCUUCCCUUUCGGUCAGGGCAAAGCAAUCGGCGGCUUGCUCUUCAAGUUUAGCGAUGGAACUCAGAAGCUAGUCGGUAGAGCUGAAAACCACGAAUCUAUCUCAGAAUUUGCAUGUAACGAGGUCACUUUUAACCCGGGGAAUGACCAGAGAAUCACCGGCGUGGCUAUCAAUUGCACUGAUAAACGUCUGGGACACCCCGAGCCUUGUGGAAUAAACAGCAUCGUGUUCAUUACUGAGCCGAAAUCGAAUAAUAUGGUACUGGGAUAUCGAAGAUUUCGGUCUUCGGGCGGCUACGACCUCCUCAAGGGCCCGUACGAAUACUGCGAUAAGGAGCGUCCCACUGUCGGAAUGCAGUUCGUCUUCGACAAGGGAGUGAUCACAAAAUUAGGCCUUAUGCACUAG